AUGAGCAGUCGGCAGACUCUUUACCAGGCCUUUUGUCUGGCUUCAUCAGCCAAAGAAGUCCUGAAGGGCUCUGCAUCAAUUGCAAAAGAGUCGCUAUCGCAAUGGGUGAAUACUUCUCAUUUGACAAGACCAAUUUUAAUGCAGUAUCAAUGCUACUAUGAUCCAGAGUGGGAAAAAGCUAAGAAGUUGUCGCAAGAAGUGAAAUUGAAGAGUCAGUCAAAAAAGCACAAGAGGAGACCUGGAAUCAGACACUAUUCAACGUCUUCGAAACCAAGCAUUGAGAAACCGACUGAAGAAGUUGAAGAAGAUAUUGGACGAAAGAGACAAGAGUUGCAAAGUUCACAGGUACCGUCAUCACGUAUAUCUAGGUUGUUUCAUUAUGGUUCAUUGGCGGCAGGUGUGAGUAUUAAUGCAGCUUCCGAUGGUUUAUCUAAAGUGGUGAAAGGGCAGACUCCUACAUGGAAAUCGCUGAUUUAUUCUGAUAGUAACAUUGAUAGGAUUGCCAAGAAGUUCUCACAGAUGAGAGGUGCCGCGUUGAAGAUUGGGCAAAUGAUGUCGUUUCAGGAUGAUAAAGUUUUACCAAAGGAAUUAUAUGUGAUUUUAUCUCGAGUUCAGAACAGCGCCCAUUACAUGCCUCACAGACAGUUAGAGAAAGUUAUGAAACGAGAAUUGGGCUCUGAUUGGCAAGAUAACUUCUUGUCUUUUGAUAGAGUGCCCAUUGCAGCAGCUAGUAUCGGUCAAGUGCAUAAUGCUGUGUUAAAGACGGGGGAGAAAGUAGUUGUCAAGAUCCAAUAUCCCGGCGUGAAGGAUUCGAUUGACUCGGAUCUGAACAAUUUGCUCAUGCUCCUCGGAGCAUCACGUUUACUACCAAAAGGUUUGUUCUUGGAUAAGACAGUGGCAAACUCAAGAACAGAACUAAAAUGGGAAUGUGAUUAUGUGAGAGAAUCGCGUGCAUUGCAAAAAUUUGAAGAACUUUUAAAGGAUGAUUCGGUGUUCGUAGUUCCUCACGUUUACUCAGACCUUACCACCACGAACAUUAUCACGAUGGCUCGGAUGGAAGGUACAGAAAUCAUGAAAUUACCAAAGAAAACAUCACAGGAAGUCAAGAAUUUUAUUUCUGAGAACAUUAUGAGACUUUGCUUGGAGGAGAUUGCUACUUUCCAAUACAUGCAAACGGAUCCCAACUGGGCAAAUUUCCUUUACAACGAAAAGACAGGCAAGAUCGAGUUAUUGGAUUUCGGUGCUUCAAGACCAUACCCAUCCGAAUUCAUCACCAAAUACCGUAAAUUGCUGACUCUCGCAACACGCAAAGAUCGUGAGGGUGUUCGCAGAGUAUCGCAAGAUCUUGGGUAUUUGACUGGUCUAGAAUCCCAGGCAAUGGUCGAUGCACAUGUAAACAGCGUUUUGACUCUAGGUGAACCAUUCUGUGGACCUCUCGACAAACCUUUCAGUUUCAAGGACCAGAAUGUGUCUGAUAGAAUCAGAUCCAAUAUCAGUUUAAUGUUGAAUGAACGACUAUGUCCACCACCAGAGGAGACAUAUUCUCUACACAGAAAGUUCAGUGGAAUUUUCUUACUUUGUGCAAGAAUGGGAGCCUCAGUUCAUUGCGCAAAACUCUUUCAUGAUAUUUUUCUUCUAGAUGAACAAUAA